CAAGAACAACCUCCUUAUCAAGAAGAAUUCCUCCCACAACCAGAAGGGCCAUCAUAUCUUGAUUUAGCCACAGCCCUCACGGGCCAUCCGGCAGAGCCAUGCUACACUCCACAGCCAGAUCCAAACUAUCACUUGAGGCUUCUCGUGGAGCAGAUUGCUCGAGUACUUGAGAGAUCCUUUCCCGAGAUGGAUCCUCAUAUCCAGCCAUUGCCCAAACUGACUUCUCCUUUCCCCGUGAAAUAGAGGAUACCCUUCGGAGCAUAAAGAAGCACAUAGAGGUCAUUGAGAAAGCUUGUUCACAGUUUUUUCAAGACAACCUUUAUGCCGCCAUGCAAGUAGAGGAGGAGGAAGAAGAAGGAAAUCAUGAGGAUGUUGAGGAGCAUACAGAAGUUGUCACGGAAUUCUCUCAUGAUAAUCAUGAUCAAGUGUAUCCUCUGGUGGUAGAUCACAACUUUCCCCAUUUUCGCUCUGACAUGUUGGGCCCGAGUGAGGAGAUGCAAUCUGAACUUAUUGAGAAUCUUGCAUGGAGACUUGUUCUCCAAUCCGUUAUGGAAGAAGAAAAGAGAGAAAGGGUGAGAAAAGAAGUUGUGGAGGAUGAGGAAGAAAGAAAAGAAGAGGUAGUUCUUGAUCUUUUCCAAGGAGAGAGACCACAUUUUAAAAAAGGAAGGGUGGUUGAAGAAGCGAGUGGUGUCCAGGCUAAGGAUGAAGUUGAGGUGGAAGAAGCUUGCAUCGUCUCUAUAAUACAAGUAAUAUCCCCACCAAACUUCGAGGAAGUGCUUAGCAAGGACCCAUUUGCAGUGUCUCUUUGCCAGACCAAGGCCACAUCGACAUCGGUCCCUCUUAGUGGACGCGAUGGUGGUCAGUCGAUACAGUUAUAUUUGGUUUGGGGCAAUGAGACAAGAGAAGAAACGAGGAAGAGGUCUCGAGGGUGGAGACUUCAACUGCAUCAAGUGCACGAGCCUUCAUCACCUGCCACACCACCUGCUCGUGACUUGAGACUCCACCUCAAAGAUGAGAACCUCAACUUCAAAGAGUUUCUAGCAUGGACCGAAACUUACAAGCUACCAUCCGGCUCACGACGUGAAAGAAGUGCUUGUUGGGAGGCAACCCAACUAGUCGGUUUGCAUUUCUUUCCCUAUCUCUCCUCGGUUGAGUCAGUUUUGUUCUUUGAUUUUAGAGUCAAUAUUUCAACCUUUGUGAGAUUUUGUGUGGUGUUUGUGUUCCGACUACUCUCUCCUCCUAUAAUGCACCGCCUGCCCAGCCCACCAUCAUUCACCCUUGAUCUAGUAACAUCGUUCUACCCUCCUUAUCUUUCCUCCAUUGAGGACAAUGUCGUGCUUCAGUGUGGGGGGAUGUUCGAUUAUGUAUGCGUGUGAAUGUUUGGCUGUAUGUGUGUGUUGAGAGCCUAGUCCACUGUCCAAAUUUUGAUUUGAGGGCUCAAAGCACGUGUUCCUUGCAAUUUCCUGCUCAGUAUGCUUUGAAUUGACAGUCUUUAUAGCAAUAUGCAACCUAGGGAGGUAGCGUAGCACUAUGGAGGAUGUUGAUGCAUUUAAGAAGUCUCCUUUCUUCUUCAUAUUGUGUCGGUUGAUUGUGUGAAUUAGUGAUCUUAGGACCCUUGAAUUUUGUGGUAUUGUGGACUCUCUACCUGUCAUGGACUCCUGUAUCAUGUUUUGAAAAAAAAGUUAUCUAAAUU